UCCGAGCGUCAGAUUAAGGUCCGACGGUCCCAGGAAGCCCCUCUGCUUAUUUCAUAUAUUUUUAUUAGCGAUAGAGGCGACCGAGGCGCUGAAAUCCGUGGUCAGGGACAACAAAUGUAAAUAAGAGAAAACAUUAAAAUGAUUUCCGGUUAGCAUUCUGUCUCCGUCACGGCACAUUCUGUAUGAUUUUCCGUUGAUGUCGGCGAUGUUUACUGUGCAGCCGGAUAAGAUGCUCUGAAGGGGGUCUGUGUCUGGAGCCUCCAGCCGCGCGCUGCCGAAAUAUUAGGCAGAACAAUCACAGGGUUAUUCUGUUAUAUCGUGUGGUGGCGGCAAGCCAAUCAUCUAAUCUGGAGCAGGACGCGGAGGAGGGUGUGGCCAUGACGGGAGAGACCGCUGCCACCCUUCCCAUGAGCAACCACACCCGAGAGAGGGUGACCGUGGCCAAGCUGACGCUGGAGAACUUCUACAGCACCCUGCUCACCCAGCAUGAGGAGCGCGAGAUGAGGCAGAAGAAGCUGGAGAAGGCCAUGGACGAGGAGGGCCUGCCAGAUGACGAGAAAGUCAUGCGGCGCUCGCAGCACGCCCGUAAGGAGACCGAGUUCUUGCGACUGAAGCGGACGCGACUUGGCUUGGAUGACUUUGAGUCUCUUAAAGUUAUCGGACGGGGGGCUUUUGGAGAGGUCCGUUUGGUGCAGAAGAAAGACACUGGGCACAUCUACGCCAUGAAGAUCCUGCGAAAGGCCGACAUGCUGGAGAAGGAACAGGUUGCCCAUAUCCGUGCAGAGAGGGAUAUUCUGGUGGAGGCGGACGGCGCCUGGGUGGUCAAGAUGUUCUACAGCUUUCAGGACAAGCGGAACCUUUACCUCAUCAUGGAGUUCCUGCCUGGAGGCGACAUGAUGACCCUGCUGAUGAAGAAGGACACUCUGUCCGAAGAGGCCACCCAGUUCUACAUCGCCGAGACGGUCCUGGCCAUCGACUCCAUCCACCAGCUGGGCUUCAUCCACAGAGACAUCAAACCUGACAACCUGCUGCUGGACUCCAGGGGACAUGUGAAGCUGUCCGAUUUUGGCCUCUGUACAGGACUGAAGAAGGCUCAUCGCACAGAAUUCUAUAGGAACCUGACGCACAACCCGCCCAGCGAUUUCUCUUUUCAAAACAUGAACUCCAAGAGGAAAGCAGAAACCUGGAAGAAGAACCGGAGACAGCUGGCGUAUUCUACUGUGGGAACUCCGGACUACAUCGCUCCUGAGGUCUUCUUGCAGACGGGAUACAACAAACUGUGUGACUGGUGGUCUCUGGGGGUCAUCAUGUACGAAAUGCUCAUCGGUUACCCGCCCUUCUGCUCUGAGACGCCACAGGAGACGUACAGGAAGGUGAUGAACUGGAAGGAGACCCUUGUCUUCCCACCCGAAGUCCCCAUCUCAGAGAGGGCCAAAGACUUGAUAUUAAAGUAUUGCACUGAUCCCGAGAACAGGGUUGGAGCUGUGAGCGUGGAGGAGAUCAAGAGUCAUCAGUUCUUUGAGUCGGUGGACUGGGAACACAUAAGGGAGCGUCCCGCAGCCAUCUCCAUCGAAAUCAAGAGCAUCGACGACACCUCAAACUUUGACGACUUCCCCGAAUCAGACAUCCUUCAGCCAGGUUCGUCACUCGCUGCAGCCAAAGCAGGAAACGCGAGCAUGUCUUCCCUGUCUGAACGAGUGAGGCCGAUGAUUGCCAACGCCACGGAGCCGGACUUCAAGUCGAAGGAUUGGGUGUUCCUCAACUACACGUACAAGCGCUUUGAGGGUCUGACUCAGCGAGGCACCAUCCCCUCAUACGUAAAGGCAGGGAAGGCCUGAAGCAUGGAGAGAAGACGGACACAAGAGACGUUAACGGACACAGGGUCAGGCUGCCGAGCCCCGCUGGCGCCGAGAGGCCGCGCCCUCGGGCUUCUCGGCGUAAAUUUAACCCUCAUUGCAAGUCAUUUAGUUCUGCUCAGCCGCCGCAAGAACGCCAAGCGCUCCGAUACGAAGGAGCGUUACCGCAUUACCUCGGUUGUUUAUAUCGCAUAUACACGCGCCGCCUUUAGCCACAGCUCUCAGGCCAGCUCACUAACUAGGACACUAAGUCAGCAUAUCUGCAUGUACAGUCUGGAGAGGAAUGAGGAUAAACUGAUUCACAGCGACAGUCUCUCCUCCGGCGAAUUUAGCCGCGAUGCACCGUUCCUUCUACUGAAGUCGCGCUCCACACACCGUAGUCCGACGGAUAAGUUGGUAAGAUCAGGUACACUUCUCACGUGUUCUCGCCCGUAUUUGUUGUACCCACUUAGUGGACAUUAAAGGAAAGUUCCAGUAUGAUUUCAAGGAUUUUGGCUUUGCAUUUAGCAACAGCGGUAGCAGCCAUUCAAAAAGCGUCAAGUGUGAAAUAUCGUCCCUUUUUAUUUUGGUGGUAGUUAGCAAAGUGAUGGUGGGUCCCAAUGGAAGCUCAGUUGGCAACAACGGCCUCUGGGAUAAGUAGGAAUGUUGAGCGGGUUACAGCCUUUGUUUUAAUGUGUUCUAGGCUUGUUAGUCUUGCUAGCGGCGUAGCUAUUACUAAUAGAUGAAGUAUUGAACUCUGUGGUGCCUCAACUUUUCCUCCAGCGCCGUCAUUGGGACGGAAAUGGUUUCCGUCGGCUGGAAACAAUUUAUUUUAAAAUAUUUCAUUUGUACAUUCUGGUUUUAUCACUAAAAACAUCUCUCAAGCUAACCGCAGCCGUACUAAGAUAACGAUAACUAACAUCGGAAACCAGGUUAGCGUCGAACUGUUAGCAGUGCCUGUGGUCGCUAAUGUUAGCUUUUAGUUCAAAUAUGACAAUCUGUAGGAAAAAAAGCCGCAGGGAAUUAAGUGUAAAUAUUUGUAUUGUUAUAGUAGUAUAAUUUCUACCUGUAAUGGGCUGGUGGGAGGGAGAUUGAAUGUGUCUUGCUGUUUUUAAGUAACCGUUAACAUUAAUGGGAGAGAAAAUAAAACUCCAAGUUCGAAUCAUGCUGGAACCGUCCUUUAGUCCCCACGCCGGUGGCUCUUUAGGACAACUCUUCCUCUGGCUGCUUUGCUCACAGAGGCACAACUCGGUGUCCCUGCGCUCCGUCUCGUGAGACGGCGGCGCCGCUCGUGUUUGCUGGUGCAGUUCAGCGCUGCCGUCGUUGAUAUUCACCCUCUGAUUUCAUUUCCAACGAUCCAGGGGGCCGAUCUGUUCCUCCCUGGAUGGACGGAACAUGCAAAGUGCCUUGAAAAUAGCAGAUAAAUAUUUAAGCAGACGUGUUAGCACAGAUUAAUCCGUGGCUGUCGAUUUUACUUUUAGAAAUUAAAUUAAAGCUGUUAGGAGGGAAAGGUGAAAGGACAAGGGAACCAUUCUAUGCUUUGAGUCAACUUGUGAGGAAGCAGAAAGGAAGCUGUGACGUGUCACUCGUUUCCAGCGCGCCUGUGUAGCGAGACAGCUGAUAAACUGGGGGGUGAAGCAAAGGGAGUCGAAUAGUUAAACAAUGCCUCAAGGGGAACACAACUCAGUGUCUUUGUUAAAAAACGUGUACUUAAGAUUCUCGAUGUAUUUAACUCCUCCUGAAAGGCCCACGUCAGGCCUCUACAAAACAAACCACAGCAGUCACAGUUGUGACUGGACAAAGCGCUAAAAUAGAAACCAAAGAACUCAGAUCAUCACACGUCGCUGAUCUGAACGCAGGAUCCGACGUAGCUGCCGCUUACCGCGCUCAACGUUAAACUACCUUUCAGAAUAAAACUCCAUUCCAUGAGAGCUAAACCUGGCUACAGAAUAAUUCACUGUUUCCAUUGCUACGCCUGCCGGGGAAAUGAGUUAGCAACUGUUCCUCAGUUCACUGUCAAAAUGCAAAUGAAGCUAGAAGUGUGCAUCCGAGGACGGGACAUAAACUGAAGGCUUUACCGUGGUGGAAGUACAGCCGGAGCCAUCGCAGGAAUCCACAUCAAACCACCAUCUCCUCAUGUUGUCUUAUGUAUCUCUUUAACCAGAAAGCUCCAUGAGGACUUGCUGCAAGAUUUGGUCCUAGUAUCUAAAUUGAAAUUGGGUGAUGGCAGAUUUUUGUAUGGAAUGUAAAGGGGCACUCCAGUGGUUUAGUGUUCAAUUCUGGUAUAUUUAUUUAGUAUAGACCCAAAUCUACACCUUUGCCUGUGCGGGCUUUACAAUCUGUAAAGAUGAGACCCUCAUUCAAGCUAGAGACAUAAAAAAGGUCAAAUCUUAUCUUUCAGCUUCUAGAAUGGCACAUUCACAAAAACUGCGAAUCCUUCACUUCCCAUGAUGCAACUUGAUUACACCUUUCAAAACUAAGCAGGACAGAUGCAUGCUGAUGGCUGAAGCUGCAGGUUCCCCGGUCGUGUGUGAUCACAGGAACACAUCGGCCAAACGCUGUAUUCAUACCGAGUGUUUGGUGACGGACAGCACGUUGGAGGGAGUGAGACGAGAAGGAAACACCCAGGAGAUGCUCUGUGCUUUUUAGUUGUUGUGAGGUGACGCGUGACCAUGUUUAAUGUGUUCUGUGUUCAGAUGAAACAGGUUAUGGUAAAUGAAGCAUUUGUCAUCCAUACAAAUCAACAUGCGGAGAUGACUUGAGAUUCAUCACCGUGGAGCUUUAUCUGACGGUAUCUACAUUAUUUUGACUUUAUUUCUCCACGAGGUCGAGAGGAGUUCAGGAAAUGUUUCACCUUUUCCAGUUAAUUAAUUUACUGACGGACCAAACACGCUGUUUAACUCAUCCUUCGUGUUUUUAAUCACAACAGUGUCCCAUAAUGUUAAUGAUUAAUGUUUAGAAAGGUGCAUUUAUCAUGUUAGAAAUAAGCAGUUAACUCUAAGGAUGAAAGCAGAGUAGAUUCACAUCCAGAGUCUAGAUGGAAGUGGUCCAUGGACUGUGCUAAUAAAAUCUAUUCUCCGCUCAAAUGAGAGUUUUAAAAGGGAAAAGAAGAAUUCCACAGGACUGUGUCGUGAGGUAUUUGGUGCAACUCUGUGUACAUAUUGUUGUAGACACUUGAAGAAAACUGUGGAGUGACGGAGGAAAUGCUCAGAAAUAUAUUCAUUCACAUUGAUGAGUUCUUAUGUCAAUAAAAUGCUUAAAACAAUAGAAAUUAAA